AUGUCUAUUCCUGUGCAGUCCUUCCAAGAUGUCGCGGGCCUCGGCGGGAUGAUCUCCCACGCGAUCCGGCACCCACUGGACUUUCACGCCAGCAUCGGCCCCUCUCUCAACGAGCUUACGGCGGGAAUCCUAGGCUCACAGUUCAAUCCAGAGCGCGACAUUCCUAGUCUAUCGGGGAAGGUCAUCUUCGUCACCGGAGGUAACACCGGCCUCGGAAGAGAAACCAUCCUCCAACUCGCCAAACAUCGCCCCUCACGAAUCUACCUCGCCGCACGAACAACCUCAAAAGCACACGAUGCCAUCGCCUCGAUCCAGAAAGAACUCCCUACCCCCGCAGACAUCCGCCACAUCCCUCUCGACCUCACCUCGUUCGCGUCCAUCCGCGCCGCCGCGAAGCGCUUCCACGCCGAAUGCGACCGGCUCGAUACGCUGAUACUCAAUGCGGGGACGAUGGGGAAUCCGCCGUCACUGACGGAGGAAGGGUUUGAGAUUCAUAUGGGCACGAAUCAUGUCGGGCAUUUUCUGCUUACGGAGCUGCUUCUUCCUGCUCUGCAGCGCACGGCGAAAGCGCCCGGCUCGGAUGUUCGGAUUGUUACGCUUACCUCGCUCGCGAACCAGGCGGCGCCGUCUUUUGAGAUUAUGACCUCGACGGAAACACUCAUGACCCACGGCUGGGUAACGCGCUACGGCGCAUCGAAAGCAGCAAACGUCCUCUUCGCCGCGGAACUCGCCCGCCGAUACCCCGAGAUCCUCUCCGUCUCCGUGCACCCUGGCACGGUCGGCAGCGAUUUAUACCAGCAUACAAAGAACUCUGGGUUUCUAGGCGGGUUAGGCAUCGCGGUCGUCUCGCUGCUGUGGCGGAGUGUGCAGACCGGGGCGCUGACGCAGAUCUGGGCGGCCAGUGCACCGAGAGAGAAACUGGUUAAUGGCGGGUACUAUGUUCCGAUUGCGGCGAAGGGGGUGUGUCGGUUUGAGGAGGAUGUGGAGAUGGCGAGGGCGCUUUGGGAGUGGACGGAGGGGGAGGUGCGGAAGCAUUCUUAG